GUGUUUCAGUUCGUUAUAGAAAACUGGCGUGGGGGCAUUUAAGCCGCAUUUCACACACUGAAGAACGAAAGUACUUUGAGGAGACAAAAAUCUUUCUUUUCAAAGGUACAAUGAUGAGAUGCUGUGGUCUGCUAACUGCCCAGAAUGAACCAGUUCCUCUGAAGAGCAUUGAGGUGGAGCUGGAGGUGAGGGACCAUGUGGCUACAGUGGUCUCCACUCUGAACUAUAAGAAUAAGGAGAACAAACCAUUAGAGGCUGUUUUUGUCUUCCCUCUGCCUGGAGAUGCUGCUGUCUGUCAUUUCAGUGCUAAGAUCGGACAGACACAGAUUGUAGCUGAGGUGAAGGAGAAGCAGAAGGCUCGUGAGGAGUAUGAUGAUGCUCUGAGCUGCGGUCAGCAGGCCUUCCUAUUGGAGGAGAGUGAUCAGAGUCCAGAUAUAUUCUCUCUGAGUGUGGGCAGUCUGCCGCCAAGAGAGAGCGCCUCCAUCAGGUUGGAGUACGUGACUGAGCUGGCUGUGCAGGCUGAUGAUGGUCUGAGGUUCUGUCUGCCUGCUGUGCUCAACCCUCGAUACCAGCUUCGGGGGAGCUUUUCCCUCUCACUGUUGCCAAGGCACUUGCUCAUAGGGAGUCUUUUGAGUGUGGGGUUAGUGCCCUACAGUCUGUCUUUUUCUGCGCGAGUGUCCUCUCCUCGUCCAAUCUCUAAGGUAGAGUCCAACUGUUCCCUGGACCCGCUCCAGUACCUCAACACUGAUCAAACCCAGGCCACGGUUAACUUGGCUGCAGGACACAAGUUUGACAGAGAUGUUGAACUGCUGAUUUAUUACAAAGAUGCUAACCAGCCCACUGCUGUGGUGGAGGCAGGACAGGCCUCUGCUGAGCCGGGCUCUCUGAUGGGUGAUCCAGUGGUGAUGGUGAGUCUGUACCCUGAGUUCCCCCAGUCAGUGAUGUCUUCAGUGGCUUCAUGUGGAGAGUUUGUGUUCUUAAUGGAUCGAUCUGGAAGUAUGAGUAAUACUCGCAUCCGCAGUGCCAAGGAUACUCUGCUGCUCCUGUUGAAGAGCUUACCAAUGGGCUGCUAUUUCAAUAUUUACAGUUUUGGGUCCAGUUAUGAACACAUCUUCCUUAAGAGUGUGGAGUACAGCCAGCAGACCAUGAAGGAGGCUCUGAAGAAAGUUGAGCAGAUGCAGGCUAAUCUUGGAGGAACUGAGAUCCUGGAGCCCCUCAAACAUAUUUACAGCCAGCCCUUCAUUCCCAAUCAGCCUCGACAGCUGUUUGUGUUUACUGAUGGAGAGGUGAGGAACACCAAAGAAGUGAUAGAUCUGGUGAAGAACAACUCAGAUUCUCACAGGUGUUUCUCUUUUGGGAUUGGGGAAGGGGCCAGCUCUGCUCUCAUCAAUGGGAUGGCCAAAGAAGGAGGAGGUCAUGCUCAGUUCAUCACAGGGACUGACAGGAUGCAAGCAAAAGUGAUGCAGUCACUGCGAUUUGCUCUGCAGCCGGUUGUGGUCGACAUCUCAGUCACAUGGGAUUUACCAAAGGAAAUGUCUGUCACUGUCCUCUCUCCACAAAUCACAGCACUUUUCCAGGGUCAGAGGUCACUGAUUUAUGCCCAGCUCACUGGACAGAGCUCAGAGGCAGCAGAGGGCUGUGUGACGGUGAAGUACAGCCUGGCAGGUCAUCCCUCUGAGAACCAGCUGCACUUCAGUCUCAGACCUGCAGAGGACACUGGAUUAACAGUCCACAGGUUGGGUGCUCGGACUCUGAUUCGCUCCCUGGAGAUGGAGGAGAGAGAGCACAGAGGACAGCAAGGUGGAGGUGUGAAGGAGAAGGUGGUCCAACUCAGUGUCCAAUCAGGAGUUAGCAGUUCUUUUACUGCCUUCAUUGCUGUCAACAAAGACAACAGCGAAGUGAUUCAAGGACCUCUUGUGCGCAGAAAUAUUCCAACAGCCAUGAUCCAGAGUCCUCCUGUGGUGAAGAGUUUUCUAAGUAAUGGCCGUGCACGCCCACCUGGUAGGUUAGAAGCUGUGUCUCUGUGUUGUAUAAAUGUAGCAAAUGACAGCAAACAGUGAAUAAACCAGCACAUAUCUAUGACACAGCUGCUGUUUAACAACAUUUCAGCUUUAAUGUGAAAUAUAGUUUGUACAGGAGCUGUUGUGUGUUUUUUCAUAGUUAUUAACAUAUAGUCCGUUGUCCAGAGCAGCAAGUGAAUAUGAAUAUUAUUCUGCAAAAUGUUUAAAUUGUUUUU